AUGCAGCUCCUCCAGUCUCUCGUUGUUGCCAUUUGCUUCAGCUACGGCGUCCUCUCUUUACCCCACGGUCCGUCAAACCAGCAUAAAGCACGUUCCUUCAAGGUUGAACGGGCCCGUCGUGGAACCGGUGCUCUGCAUGGGCCCGCUGCUCUCCGCAAAGCAUACCGGAAGUAUGGAAUAGCUCCCAGCAGUUUCAACGUUGAUCUGGCAGACUUUAAGCCCAUUACCACGAGCCACGCUGCUGCUGGAAGCGAGGUUUCGGAGCCUGAUCAGACUGGCGCUGUCAGUGCUACUUCGGUCGAGAGCGAUGCCGAGUUCGUUUCGCCUGUUCUCAUCGGCGGCCAGAAGGUCGUCAUGACCUUUGACACUGGUUCUUCUGACUUUUGGGUGCUUGAUACGAACCUCAAUGAAACCUUGACGGGACAUACAGAGUACAACCCUUCAAAUUCCUCGACCUUCAAGAAGAUGGACGGAUACACCUUCGAUGUCUCGUAUGGUGACGACUCUUACGCCUCUGGCCCUGUCGGAACGGAUACCGUCAACAUUGGCGGCGCCGUUGUUGACGAGCAAGCCUUCGGUGUCCCCAACAAGGUGUCCCAGUCAUUCAUCGACGACACGAACUCCAACGGCCUGGUCGGGUUGGGCUUUUCCUCCAUCAACACCAUCAAGCCGGAGGCGCAAAAGACGUUCUUCGCCAACGUCGCAUCCAGUCUGGACGAGCCCGUCAUGACCGCCUCGCUCAAGUCCGACGGAGUGGGCGAGUACGAGUUUGGCACGAUCGACAAGAACAAGUACCAGGGCAACAUUGCCAACGUCAGCGUGGACUCAUCGAACGGAUACUGGCAGUUCUCCACCCCUAAGUUUUCCGUGGCAGACGGAGAGCUGAAGGACAUUGGAAGCGUCAACACCUCGAUCGCGGACACCGGUACCUCCCUUAUGCUGUUGGACGACGACGUGGUUACUGCCUACUACGCGCAAGUUCCCAACUCGGUCUACGUGGGCAGUGCCGGUGGUUACAUCUACCCCUGCAACACCACUCUCCCCAGCUUCUCCCUGGUUCUCGGCGAGUCGAGCCUGGCCACGAUCCCCGGCAACCUGAUCAACUUCUCCAAGGUUGGCACCAACACCACCACCGGACAGGCCUUGUGCUUUGGCGGCAUUCAAUCCAACGGCAAGACUUCGCUGCAGAUUCUGGGCGACACGUUCCUGAAGGCCUUCUUUGUCGUCUUUGACAUGCGUGGACCCUCUCUUGGUGUUGCCUCCCCCAAGAACUAG